GCCUUGGCCUUGGCUGGGCACCCGACUCUUAAAGCUUGCGUGGUUAGCCCAGCGCUGCUGAAUGUCCCUUGCAACGCAGACAGAAAGGCACUGAGGUGGCCGAGAGUGAUUUCCACAGCCAAUUAGGCCGCUCCUGUCAGAAACGCGGCGACGGGCGCAGCCGUGUGACCUCAUAGCGCGGCACCCGCAGUCUGAACGCGAGAUCUCGGGCAGGCUCCGUGGUCCUCGCCUCACUGCGACGUCGACCCCGCCAAGCGUCCCGUAGGCCGCCUCGGGAGCGCGUCUGAAUAGGAAAAGGUUUCGGACUUGGAUGCGGCUUUUCGUCGGCCGCCAGUGGUGGCGGGAGAGGUUCGGGCUCGGCCCUUAGGUCCUGGCUCCCAGACGCAAGACAGCUCAAGUGAUGCAAUGAAGAAAGAAGGAGGUUGCUGGCCUUGGAUAUCAUUUCUAGGGACAACUUUAAGUGGACACCAAUAUUUCUGACUAGGAAAACUUCACGGUAAAUGCAGAAGAGACAAAGACGUAUAGUCCAUGUUAUCUACUAUUUUCUGAGCACAGAAGAAAAUGAUCAAGACCCAGGAAUCACUGACCCUGGAGGAUGUGGCUGUGGAAUUCAGCUGGGAGGAGUGGCAGCUCCUGGACACUGCUCAGAAGGACCUGUACCGGGAUGUGAUGGUGGAGAACUAUAACCACCUGGUAGCACUGGGGUAUCAAACUAGCAAACCAGAUGCACUAUCCAAGGUGGCACAUGGACAAGAACCAUGGAUAACAGAUGCUAAAAUCCAGAAUAAAAAUUGUCCAGGAAUCAGGAAAGUUGACAGUCAUCUGCAAGAGCACUCUCCAAACCAAAGAUUUCUGAAGAGCAUGCAGCAAUGCAAUGGACAAAAUGCAUUUAGAAAUACUGUACAUCUCAGCAAGACAAAUUUUCCUCUAGUGCAAAAUCAUGAUACAUUUGACUUGUACAGAAAAAAUUUGAAAUCAAGUUUAAGUUUAAUCAACCAGAAGAGAAGACAUGGACUAAAUAACCCUGUUGAGUUUAUUGGAAGUGAGAAAAUCCUUCUACAUGGUAAGCAUGAACGUAUGCAUACUAAAACUAGAUUUUCUGAAAAUGCAAAAUGCAUCCAUACAAAAUUCCAAGUAUUGAAGCAUCAGAAGACUCAGAAAAUUGAGAAACCCGAUGCAUGCAUUGAAAAUGAGCAAACCUUCCUUGGGAAGUCUCAGCUCAUUUACCAUGAGAACAUUCAUAUAGAAGAGAAUCCUGGAAGUGGUCGGUGUGAGGAGGUGUCCAGAAGUGUCCUGUUUAGUAAGCAUCUGAAAACGAAUAAAAGAGACAAAAUUUGUAUACCCAGUGAAUGUAGAAAAGGCUCUACUGUGAAGACUAGUCUCAUUGCACAUCAACAAACCCAUACAGAAGAGAAACCCUAUAUGUGCAGUGAGUGUGGAAAGGGCUUUACAAUGAAGCGCUAUCUAAUUGCUCAUCAGCGAACUCAUAGUGGGGAGAAACCUUAUGUGUGCAAUGAAUGCGGAAAAGAUUUCACUGUGAAGAGCAAUCUCAUUGUACAUCAGCGAACUCAUACAGGGGAGAAACCCUAUAUAUGCAGCGAAUGUGGAAAAGCCUUCACCAUGAAGCGCUAUCUUGUUGUACAUCAGCGAACUCAUACUGGAGAGAAACCCUAUAUAUGCAGUGAAUGUGGAAAAGGCUUUACCGUGAAGAGCAAUCUCAUUGUACAUCAGCGCUCCCAUACAGGAGAAAAAUCUUACAUAUGCAGCGAAUGUGGAAAAGGCUUCACUGUCAAACGCACUCUCAUUAUACAUCAGCGAACUCAUACAGGAGAGAAAUCUUACAUAUGCAAUCAAUGUGGUAAAGGCUUCACCACAAAGCGUACUCUUAUUAUACAUCAGCGAACUCACACAGGAGAAAAACCCUAUGAAUGCAAUGAAUGUGGUAAAGCCUUCAGCCAGAAAAUAUGCCUCAUACAACAUGAGAGAUGUCAUACAGGAAAGACUCCCUUUGUAUGUACUGAGUGUGGAAAAUCCUAUUCACACAAAUACGGUCUCAUUACCCAUCAGAGAAUUCACACAGGAGAGAAACCUUAUGAGUGCAAUGAAUGUGGAAAAGCCUUCAGCACAAAGUCAGUACUCAAUGUACAUCAAAGAACGCACACAGGAGAGAGGCCCUAUGGUUGCAGUGAUUGUGAGAAAGCCUUCUCCCACUUAUCAAACCUCGUCAAACAUAAGAAGAUGCACGUAAGAGAAAGGGAUAACAGAAUCAGGCAAGUUGAAAAUUCCUGUAAUGCGGAGUCACAGCUUCUUCCUUACAAGUGAACUCAUGCGUAAUGAACACCCUACUAGUGCAGUGACUAUGGAAAUGCCUUUUGUGGCACCUCAGAGUUUUUUAAACAUCAGUGUGUCUCUAGCAAAUCGGAACAUAAACCUGGUGCUGCCUGUUAUCAGAUGUGUGUCCUCAGGAGGUAAAAUAAUUUGCCCUAGAGAUAAACCUGAUGAAUACAGUAAAUAAGGUAGUGCCUUUAGUGGUCUUUUACCUCAUAUUUUCUGUUAAUGAAAACAUGUUGAAUAAACUAUAAUAUAUUAAUGUGAAA